CAGCUGUGAACAUAAAGCAACAAACGAAAACUAACCUAUUUUCUUCAAAUCGUAUCGAUUACACUUAUCUGUGAUUAUUGCAAAUUACAAAAGAUUAUUGCAUAUUUCUUCAUUAUUCUAAACAUAUUUGUGACUUAUAUGAUGUGAGUAUUAUCAAUUGACUCUAUAUCGUUGAGAAACUACUUUCUCAAAGUGUUUACUUGUGUUGCAGUGUUAGGUUAUCUUCAGGUUUGUUAAUCUUUUGUUUAUCUUCAGAUUUUGAAUUAUAUUAAAAUGACUGCCCCACCAGCAGCGUUAGUCAACCGUAACAAAAAACAUUUCAUGGGCAUCCCAGCUCCGCUAGGUUAUGUUGCCGGAGUUGGUCGUGGAGCCACAGGAUUUACAACACGUUCCGAUAUUGGUCCAGCUCGAGACGCUAAUGACGUUUCCGACGACCGUCAUGCCCCGCCCAGUAAACGCAAGAAGAAAGAGGAAGAAGAGGACGAUGAUGAGGACUUGAACGACAGCAAUUACGACGAAUUCACAGGGUAUGGAGGGUCUUUAUUUAGUAAGGAUCCUUAUGACAAGGACGAUGAAGAAGCGGACAUGAUCUACGAGGAGAUUGAUAAACGUAUGGAUGAAAAACGGAAAGAGUAUCGUGAAAAACGUUUGAAGGAGGAGUUGGAGAGGUAUCGUCAAGAACGUCCCAAAAUUCAGCAACAGUUCAGCGAUUUGAAACGUGGAUUAGUCACAGUUAGCGAGGAUGAAUGGAAGAGUAUCCCUGAGGUGGGUGACGCUAGAAAUCGUAAAACGAGGAACCCCAGAGCUGAAAAAUUUACGCCUCUCCCCGACUCUGUGUUGUCUAGAAACCUGGGAGGGGAGUCUUCAACAUCAAUCAACCCUACUAGUGGUAUUAUGAGCGCCAUACCACACGGAACCGCCACACCAGGUAUGUUAACUCCUACAGGUGACCUAGAUUUACGAAAAAUGGGCCAAGCCCGCAACACACUUAUGAACGUCAAACUAAACCAGGUUUCUGAUUCGGUUGAGGGUCAAACUGUGGUUGAUCCUAAGGGGUAUCUGACAGAUUUACAGAGUAUGAUACCGACUUACGGAGGGGAUAUCAGUGAUAUUAAAAAAGCCAGGUUGUUGUUGAAAUCUGUGAGGGAGACUAACCCCAAUCAUCCCCCAGCUUGGGUAGCAUCGGCGAGAUUGGAGGAGGUGACAGGUAAACUACAAGCUGCCCGGAAUUUGAUCAUGAAAGGUUGUGAAGACAACCCGAAAUCUGAGGAUCUUUGGUUGGAAGCGGCCCGUCUACAACCACCGGACACUGCUAGAGGCGUCAUCGCUCAAGCUGUACGUCACAUUCCGACAUCGGUACGAAUUUGGAUUAAGGCUGCGGAUUUAGAGACAGAAACUAAGGCAAAACGUCGUGUCUACCGUAAGGCACUGGAAAACAUCCCCAACUCCGUCCGUCUCUGGAAGGCAGCUGUGGAGUUGGAGGACCCUGAGGACGCCCGUAUCUUACUCAGUCGUGCCGUCGAAUGUUGUCCCACAAGCGUCGAUCUCUGGCUAGCGUUGGCGAGGUUGGAAACCUAUGAAAACGCGCGGAAAGUACUGAACAAAGCGCGCGAGAACAUCCCCACAGAUCGACAAAUCUGGACCACAGCUGCUAAGCUAGAGGAGGCCAACGGUAAUGUUACAAUGGUGGGGAAGAUCAUAGAGCGUGCGAUAGCUUCGUUGAGCGCUAACGGCGUGGAGAUCAACAGGGAACACUGGUUCAAGGAGGCGGUUGAAGCGGAGAAAGCGGGAUCUGUACACUGUUGUCAAGCUAUCAUCAAAGCGAUAAUUGGGCAGGGUGUGGAGGAGGAAGAUAGGAAACACACCUGGAUGGAGGACGCGGAUUCCUGCGCUGCACAAGCUGCAUUCGAAUGCGCGCGUGCAGUCUACGCGCAUGCGCUAGCGACGUUCCCUAGUAAGAAGUCUAUCUGGUUGCGCGCGGCGUACUUCGAGAAAAACAACGGCACUCGUGAGUCAUUGGAGUCUUUGUUACAACGCGCAGUCGCACAUUGUCCCAAGUCGGAAGUGUUGUGGUUGAUGGGGGCGAAAUCUAAAUGGAUGGCAGGGGAUGUACCAGCUGCUAGAGGUAUAUUAUCGUUAGCAUUUCAAGCCAACCCUAACUCGGAGGAGAUUUGGUUAGCUGCGGUGAAACUGGAGUCUGAGAAUUCGGAGUAUGAACGUGCACGUCGGCUCUUAGCUAAAGCACGAGCUUCCGCCCCCACUCCUCGCGUCAUGAUGAAGUCCGCGAAGCUCGAAUGGUGUCUCAAUAACCUCGACCUCUCACUACACCUCCUCGACGAGGCGAUCAAAGUCUUCCCCGACUACGCGAAGCUCUGGAUGAUGAAGGGUCAGAUCGAGGAACAACAGGGGGACCUCAAUAAGGCAUGGGACACCUACAACAAAGCCAUCAAAAAGUGCACAUCUUCUGUCCCGCUCUGGUUGAUGCUCUGUGGCCUGGAGGAACGGAGAAAGAACAUGACUAAGGCGAGAUCCGUAUUGGAGAAGGGUCGUCUCAGGAACCCUUGUUGUGACAGGUUGUGGCUGGAGGCUGUCCGCAUAGAAUUCCGCGCCGGUAUGCGGGAUAUCGCCAACACUUUAAUGGCAAAAGCGCUACAAGAAUGCCCAAGUUCUGGGAUCCUAUGGGCGGAAGCUAUAUUUUUGGAACCCCGCCCCCAACGUAAAACUAAAAGUGUCGACGCACUGAAAAGAUGUGAACAUGAUCCCCAUGUUCUACUAGCUGUUUCGAAACUUUUCUGGUGUGAGAGUAAGAUGCAGAAAUGUCGGGAUUGGUUUAACCGUACGGUAAAGAUUGAACCAGACCUGGGAGAUGCCUGGGCGUAUUACUACAAGUUUGAGCUGUUGAAUGGGACGGAGGAGGCUCAGGAAGAUGUGAAAAAGCGGUGCAUUGCGGCUGAACCCCAUCAUGGAGAAUAUUGGUGUGCCGUUUCCAAAAAUAUCAAGAACUGGAGGCUAAAUACUGAGCAUGUACUAGUAUUAGUCGCUAAGGAGUUGCCGAUACCUAUUUAAAAAGUUUGAGAGACUUUUUGAAUCUUGUAAGUUUAAGGGCCAUUUGCACAGUCAAAGCUUAAACUGAAUUUAAUCAGCUGGUGGCUUCAACUCAAAAUGAACCACAUUAUAACAAACAAGACUUGAUACGGAUUUAAUCCAGUUUAAAAUGAAAUUUAGUUUAAACUGUCACUGUGCAAACGGCCCUAAGAUAAAUUCAAUUUGGACUAAGUACUUGUGUUGGUUGCUUAAAAGUGAUGCAUUUCUUAGAAGAUGAUCACUGUAAUUUAAAUUCCAAGGAAGGUGAAAGUGUUUAAAUGACUUAUCUAUACUUGUGUCUAUUUCAAUCUAAAACGUAAAAUCUAUCAAUGUUAUGAGAAUAUUUGAAUGACUUUGGCUAGGUUGCAAAACAGCCGGUUAAAUUUUAACAGUGAUUAAUUUUAGGAGAACCAAUCAGAGAAGCCGUCUUUUCUAAAAUGCCUUGUCUGAUUGGUACUCGUGAAAUUAAUUACGGUUAAAUUUUAACCGUGAUUAAUUUCAUGAGAACCAAUCAGAGAAGGCAUUUUAGAAAAGACGGCUUCUCUGAUUUGUUCUCGUGAAAUUAAUCACGGUUAAAAUUUAACCGGCUGUUGUGCAACCGGCACUUUGAAGUUUAAAAUACUAUAAUAUCUGUAUUUCUAGUUGAAAUACCUAUCCAAUGUUGAAGCCCCUUUUUUCCCUGACAAUUAUUGUAAUUCCCUAAUCAGGUGUCAUUUUUCCCUAUCAAAGAAGUUUUCAUUCAAUGUCCCGACUUAUCCCAAAUAUAGAAAUUUGUAUUCAUUUCUCAAUAGAUUUUAGCUUAAUUGAGAAUUUGUCUCUCAGUUCAACUUGUUCGAAUUUGAUAGCAAAUAAUUCAUCAUUUAUAGAAUGCACUUCCCAUGUACUUCAAUGAAAAUAAUUAUUCUUAUAAAAUGAAAUGUAUUUAGAAUUGAACAUGAAAAAAGUAAAAUUAUUAUUAAAUGUUUUUUUUCUAUUUGCAUAAAUACAUACAUGGAGACAAAUUAUUGUUAAAAUAUCCAAUACAUAAAUUUUGUACUUUUUCCUUGGUGUUAUUGUAAAUUAGCUUGCAGAUUUGAGUUGUCAUUUUAUUUAUUUGAUUUUUUAAAAGAAAUAAAUGUAUAAUCAAUCACAA